AAUCUACGUCGUACUUUGUGACAGUUAUCAUAUUGAUUUUGUGUACAACUUUUAUUCAUAUACACAGUAUGUGUGUCUCGUGGAAUAACCAAAGAACGAAUUAUUUCAUAAAAGAUUACAGCGUGCGAUAGUGCAAAUGGACAUUCUUGGAUUUAUAGACGUGCCAGGAUGGGUUCUUACUAUUAUCAUCAUGAUAAUUACAUUAUAUUUGUAUUCGUUAUGGUACCACAGUCUGUGGAGGCAAUUAGGUAUUCCAGGACCAAGACCAAUACCUUUCUUGGGUAUUCUACCUCGUUAUAAAAAGGGAUUAGGGAAGACAGACCUAGAACUAGUAAACACGUACGGACCAGUAGUGGGAAUAUAUCAUGGUCACCUGCCUGUAUUGUUGGUAUCUGAUCCAGAAAUGGUAAAGGAGAUUUUCAUAAAAGAGUUUUCCAAUUUCACAAAUAGACCGAUUCCAUUCAAGAUGGACGAAGAUAGUGCUUCUAGUGUCGGUACUGCCUAUGACAAUCAUUGGAAGUUUCUUCGUAGUACAAUAUCCCCUACCUUCUCUUCCGGAAAAUUAAAACUGAUGGUCCCAAAAAUACAAAGGUGUUGUACUAAUCUAGUUGAAAACAUUCAACGGCAGAGUAAACAAGGGGAACCAGUCGACAUGAAAGAAGUAUGUGAAACAUUCACUAUGGAUGUUAUCGCCAGUACUGCUUUCGGUAUAGAUGUUAAUUCUCAGAACGAAUCAAAUAACCAGUUCGUAAAGCACGCCAAAGAUGCAGCUCUUGGAGAAAUAUUUAAGCCUAAAUUUAUUCUUAUAAUGAUGUUCCCGAUUUUGAAACAUUUGUUUACGGUACAAUUCCUCAAGAAAGAAGCUGGAGAUUUCUUCAAAUCGGUUGUAGAUUCUGCAAUUGAACUAAGAAAAAAAGGACAAGAAGUUUAUAACGAUUUUCUUCAACUGAUGUUAAAUGCACGCCAUGAUGAUAAACAGUCGGAUUACUUCACGAUGGGUGAUCUGAAAGACUUUAAAAACAGAGGGUUGAACAAUAUUGAAUUGAAAAAAAAUGCUGUAACAUUUUUCGUAGCUGGUUAUGACACAACUGCUAAUACAUUAUCCUUUGCCUGUUAUUGUCUCGCAACUAACCAAGAUGUCCAAAGAAAAUGUAUGGAGGAAAUAGAUAACAUUCUUCAUGGUAGAAGACCACAAGUAGAAGAUCUUUCCAAAUCAAAAUAUUUAGAUAGAUUUUUCAAUGAAGUACUUCGCCUUUACGGUGCAGCAGUAAGAAUUCAAAGAGGAGGAAAACAGGAUAUAAUAGUUAAAGGUGUUUAUAUUCCCAAAGAUGUAGACGUCUCUGUUCCUUUGUAUGCCAUACACAGAAAUCCUCUGUUCUGGCCAGACCCUGACAAAUUUGACCCUGACAGGUUUACUGAAGAGAAUAAAGCAAAACGACCAGAAUAUGCAUUUAUUCCAUUCGGUGUUGGUCCAAGGAUAUGUAUAGGAAUGCGACUGGCAUUGAUGGAAAUGAAAAUGGCAUUAAUGAUUAUGUUACAGAGCUUUACUUUUUCUCCAUGUAGUAAGACAGAGAUCCCCAUUGAACUAGAUCCCGGACAAAUAAUUCGUGCAAAGAACGGUAUUCCAUUGAAAAUCAACAAAAGAUAGAAACUUCAAACUGCAUACUUUUUCAGGGAAGAUUUCAAAUACACUUAUUCAAAAUAACGGUUUUAAGAUAUGAACAGUGAUAUGUCGAAUGCUAUCUAUAACAUUCCACGCUAUAUAUACUACUAACAGAACUGCUUAGAUUUCUCUUCAAUGGAUUCAGAUGACUGCAGAUAUUCCCACGUGUUGUUCUUCCAACUCUCUCUACUUAAUAAAUGGCAUCGCCCAGA